UCCCCCACCGCGCGCGCUCCACCCGCCCCGGAGCCUCGCCCUCCGCCACGAUGAGCAAAUGAGCGCGAGCGAGGGCAUGAAAUUUCAAUUCCACUCUGGGGAGAAAGUGCUGUGCUUCGAGCCUGACCCCACCAAGGCGCGAGUGCUGUACGAUGCCAAGAUCGUCGAUGUUAUUGUCGGGAAAGACGAAAAGGGCAGAAAGAUUCCAGAAUAUCUGAUACAUUUUAAUGGUUGGAACAGAAGUUGGGAUAGAUGGGCAGCCGAAGACCAUGUGCUUCGUGAUACAGAUGAAAAUCGGAGGUUACAGCGUAAAUUGGCCAAAAAAGCAGUAGUUCGCCUGAGAGGUACAGGAAGAAAGAAGAGACGCUGUAGGUUACCUGGUGUCGACUCUGUCUUAAAAAGUGUGCCAAUUAAAGAAAAAACUCAAAAUGACGAAAACACAAUAAGCAGUACCUGUCAGGACAGCUGUGGCGGAAAGAAUGAAGAACUAAAAGAACAUCGCCAGCGUCGUAUUAAAGUAAAGACUAAAGCGAAAAAAAAAGUGUUGUCGCUGCGCUCAAGAAAGGACAUGGAUGAAAGAACAAUAACCAUAGAUAUCCCUGAAGUUCUCAAGAAGCAGCUCGAGGAUGACUGUUACUAUGUCAACAGGAGGAAGCGGUUAGUGAAACUUCCAUGCCAGACCAACAUCAUAACAAUUUUGGAAUCUUAUGUGAAGCAUUUUGCUAUUAAUGCAGCCUUUUCAGCCAAUGAGAGGCCUCGUCACCAUCAUGCCAUGAUGCAUGCACAUAUGAAUGUGCACUAUGUCCCAGCAGAAAAGAAUGUUGACCUUUGUAAGGAGAUGGUGGAUGGAUUACGAAUUACCUUUGAUUAUACUCUCCCAUUGGUUUUGCUCUAUCCAUAUGAACAAGCUCAAUAUAAAAAGGUGACAUCAUCUAAAUUUUUUCUUCCCAUUAAGGAAAGUACCACCACAACUAAUAGGAGCCAGGAGGAACUGUCCCCUAGCCCGCCUUUGUUGAACCCAUCUACACCACAAUCCACGGAGAGUCAGCCAACUAGUGGUGAACCAGCCACUCCCAAGAGGCGCAAAGCCGAUCCAGAAGCCCUGCAGUCUCUAAGGCGGUCCACGCGCCACAGCACCAACUGUGACAGGUUGUCGGAGAGUAGCUCGUCACCUCAGCCGAAGCGUCGGCAGCAAGACACAUCUGCCAGCAUGCCAAAGCUGUUUCUGCACUUGGAAAAGAAGACGCCUGUGCAUAGCAGAUCAUCUUCCCCCAUUCCUCUGACUCCGAGUAAGGAUGGGAAUGCUGUAUUUGCUGGCUUCGAAGGGAGAAGAACCAAUGAAAUAAAUGAGGUCCUAUCUUGGAAACUUGUGCCUGACAAUUACCCACCAGGAGACCAGCCACCUCCCCCUUCAUACAUUUACGGUGCACAGCAUUUGCUGCGAUUAUUUGUAAAACUUCCAGAAAUCCUUGGGAAGAUGUCCUUCUCUGAGAAGAAUCUGAAGGCUUUACUGAAGCACUUUGAUCUCUUUCUGAGGUUUUUGGCAGAAUACCAUGAUGACUUCUUCCCGGAGUCAGCUUAUGUUUCUGCCUGUGAGGCACACUACAGCACCAAGAACCCCAGGGCAAUUUACUAAAGUUUCCAUGGUUCUGGAAAAAUAGUCGCAUGAUGUGGCUUUAUAUAUGAGGUGCCAGGUGAAGCGUGAAUGAGAUGGUGGACUUACCCUGGGGGUUCUCUGACAGAAGCAGGCUCUGUUGUUUUGAGUUGCUCAUAUACUGUUAUUUCUGUUAAGAAUUAUGUUCUGGGGGACACGCCUAUAGGGGGAAUUGAUUUAAUUAAUUAGUGAUUUUUUUUUUUGGUGUCAUGAUUACUUCCUGGGUGUCUGAACGUGUUCCAAAGUAACACUGCUGCUCAAACUGUAUGUGCUAGCAGGAUAAAAACAGCCAUAGCUGUAUUCAUAGGGAAACGUUCAUGAACAGAUACUUAGGUUAAACAUUGUUCUGGUAGCCAUUGUGGUUGAUUGUUAGCAAGAACCACAUUGUUUGAUUGUUUGUUAAUGUUAAACAAAAUGGUUUUGAAAACUGUUUUCUGUUCAACAGAUCCUAGUUUGUGCUUGGAAGCCACAAAGUACUCUGAAAGUAUUUUAGAGGGAAUUGAUAUUGAUGGCAAAGGAGAAAUUGCAGCUAUGCAUUGCUUUUAGCAGUUCCCUUUCUCAGAAACAUUAUUUUUGUUGCUCUAAAUAAAGCAUUGCCUGUCUUGUUUGAGAUUUUACAGCCAUACUCUGCCGUGUAAUGUUAUAGUUCUUUUUCUAUAAAAUGUUAUUUUGGGUGAUCUAAAUAAAGCUUUGCAAGUUUUGUUUGAAAGAA